CCCCCCCCAAGGGCCAAAUGAAACGUUCCAACCGGCGCAGCCUGAUGACGUAUGAUGGCGCGGGCGAAGGCGCUGCGAACGGAAGCUUGGUGAGUGCGGUACGAAUUCUCUUCGAAUGACAAACGUGAAACGAGGGGCGUGAUGUCCUCGUGGCGGCAGCUGGAGCUUCAUCCGAGGAUCGUCAGCGCCCUCGGCAAAGCUGGCGUGCGCUCGGUCGGGGAGGUGCUGCGCACGUCCGGUCCGGACCUGCAGAGGCUGACCUCCUUGUCGGCCGCCGACGUCCGGCGACUCCUGACGGCCGCCGCUCGGCUCCGCGGGCCCCGCCCCCCGCUACCAGUUCUUCGAGCGGAGGAGUCCGGUCUCAGACUGGGCCUGGGCUGCCCCGUGUUGGACGGGCUGCUGAGAGGCGGACUUCCCGUAGGGGGCGUCACCGAACUGUCCGGAGAAAGCGGCGUCGGGAAGACCCAGCUGGCUCUGCAGCUCUGUCUCUCCGUACAGUACCCGGCCCGCCACGGGGGUCUGGACUCAGGGGCCGUGUUUGUGUGCACCGAGGACGCUUUUCCCAGCAGACGUCUGCAGCAGCUGAUCAGAGAACAGCGGCGUCUUCGCCCCGACGUCCCGCCGCACGUGACCGGCAGCCUUCGUUUCGCCGACCGCGUUUACGUGGAGCACGCCGCCGAUCUGACGUCGCUGCAGUCGUGCCUGCGGCGUCGCGUCGGCCUCCUGCUGGCGCGCCGCCUCGUCCGCUUCGUGGCCGUCGACUCGGUGGCGGCGCUCUUCAGGUCCGAGUUCGGAGUCGCCGAUUGGCUGGAGAGAACCAAACAGCUGCUGACGCUCUCGUCCACGCUGCACCACCUUUGUCGCCAAUUUGAUGCCGCCGUCCUCUGCGUCAACCAGGUGACCGACAUCUUCAGCGACUCAGAGGAAUAUUUGGGCCCUUCUUCCUCGAGCGUGCGCCCGGCGCUGGGCUUGGCGUGGGCCAACCAGGUGACGGUCCGGCUGACGAUGCGGCGUCUCGGGGGGACGGUGAGCGAGGGUGACCGGGACGGCGCCCUCCGCAGGUUGGAGGUAGUGUUCGCGCCUCAUCUGGCCCGAGCGGGACGGGACGCCGCCGUGCGGAAGGAGGGCGUCCGGGGACUCGAGGAAGUCUGAGGACGUUCGGAAACUCCGGGACGCCCCGCUCAUCUGACGUUCGCGACAAGCAAAUGAACAUCUCGAUAUUUGUGAGAAUGAUUAAAGAUGAUUGUCAUUGA